GCAUAGUCUUUAUUUAUCGUCUUUAAUCACUUUUAUGUUAUUAUUGCGAAGACAAAGUCGUCUCAUUUGUUCAAUAAGUAAAAAAAUGGGUAAUAAAACUGAUUGGGUAGAAGCUCAGAUUAAGGGCAACAAGGUGGUCGUCUUUUCGAAAACCUAUUGUCCAUUUUGUGAUAUGGCCAAGAAGGCGCUUGCAGAAGUUGGCUUGAGCGAUUACUUGUUGUACGAGUUAGAUAAUCGCGACGACGGUGAAGAGAUAAUGGAUAUUUUGAAAAGAAUCACUGGUGGAAGGACGGUUCCGCGAGUGUUUAUCGGUGGUAAAUUUGUUGGAGGUGGCAGUGAAGUACGAGAUUUUCAAAAGUCAGGAGAAUUGGUAUCAAUGUUGAAAUCUGCUGGAGCUUUGUGAAUCCAAGAACUCUAUUUUGUGGCAUGAAUUAAUACUUGCAAAUUUAGAAUAGGUUAAGCUGAAUAAAUAGCAAAACGUGGGCGUUUUAAA